AUGGUCUCAUGUAACAAAUAUAUUUGUUUAUUAAUCAUUGGCCUAAUUUGCUUUUCGAUACUACUAUUUCUAAAACCAAAUGAAUAUAUUCAGAGAUUAACUACGUAUUCAUUUAUUUCAAGAACAAAUAUUGUCUAUGAAAAUUUUACUUGUGAAACAUGGAAGAAAUUUUCCUAUAUUGAUAUUCAGAAAUAUAAACAAUGUUUAAAAUGGACUCUAAAUAACGCAUUUUGGCCUGUUUCAGGAAUACGUCAUACAUCUUUUAAACAUUUAUUAAAUUCGUCCUCACUGAUUAUUGAAGUUGGCGGAAAUAUUGGACAUGACACAUCGAAAUUUAUUCAAUUAUAUAAUUCUUCGAUCAUUAGCUUUGAACCAUUAGUACCAAUGGCGAAAGAUUUGAUCGAAAAAUUUAAAACAAAUCGAAAAGUUGAAAUUCAACCCUUUGGACUUGGUAAUCGGGCAAGAAAUCUAUCGAUUGAACCAUUUGACACUUCAAAUGUUGGUACCAGUAUUUUUCGAAAAGUAUCUGCUAAAAUUUCAGCAAAAAUCCAACAAAUUGAAUUGCUUGAUGUCGUUCGAGUCAUUGAGAAUAUUAGGAAAACAAGAACACAAAAUGGAAUAAUCGAUAUGAUCAGUGUCAAUUGUGAAGGAUGUGAAUUUGAAAUUCUACCUGCACUUAUCCUCAAUGAUCUCACACAAUAUUUUCGAAUAAUACAAUUUGGUUCACAUAUGCGACUUGUAACUGAAUCGUCAUGUAUCUAUUGUCAAAUCGAACAAGCAUUAGAAAGAACUCAUGAAAUCAAAUAUCACUACAGAAUGGUAUGGGAAGGUUGGGUAUUGAAGAAUAAAAUAGGAAAUUAA